GUGAAAAGUAGACAGAUUUUCAGCACUGCGUACCACAGUGUGGUUUUAGAGUUGCAUGGAUGUCCUCGUCACACAACUGUAUCCUCUAGUGAAAAUUGUGUGCACCCUUGUCGCAUUGUUUACGUUGGCAUUGAGUUUACCGAGAGUAGACAGCAUAUAACUCGUAUGCUAGAAGGAAUUUACACCCGCGUUAUACGUGCUAUACUUCAAACGACUUGCAAGGACUGAUUGCACUUGUACACAGACUUGCCUGGUUUCGAAUGUGAUCGAGUUCUUCUGGCUAGGGCUUCACAUCCCUGUAACGUAUUUGUGACACUGUCUGCUUUUGUCCACUCUCCCAACAAUAACUGUAACAAUGAGUUACACCCCAACAAGUUCCAGACACUUAUGUCUACUACUUUUCGUGCUAGCGAUGUUCGUCGUGACCAAGGGAUAUAACGGCCUGAGCGUGAUGCAACAGCGGCCUCUUGAUCCGUGUUAUGAUGAGAACGGUAACCCCAAACGUUGCAUUCCAGACUUUGUUAACGCCGCAUUCGGUAUACCCGUCAAAAGUAGCAGUACAUGUGGGUCGCCGCCGAGUCGAUACUGCGUCAUGUCAACAGGAGCGAGUGGAGAACGAUCGCGCAUUUGUUUCGUAUGUGAUGCUGAUCACCCUAAGCGGCGUCAUCCUCCCGAAUUUCUAACAGAUCUUAACAACCCAAAUAACCUGACUUGCUGGCAGUCAGAGCCCUACGUACAACACCCGAACAACGUUACUCUAGUUCUUAGCUUGGAGAAAAAAUUCGAGCUGACUUACAUCAGUUUGCAAUUCUGUUCGGCCAGACCGGAUUCUAUGGCUAUCUACAAAUCGCAAGACUAUGGGAAAUCGUGGCAGCCUUAUCAGUUUUACUCUAGUCAAUGCCGAAAAAUGUACGGGAUAUCAAACCGCGCGGCGAUUACGAAACAAAACGAGCAAGAAGCGCUAUGUACGGACGAUCAUAGUAGUAUCGAGCCUAUGUCUGGUGGAAGGAUUGCCUUCAGUACCCUAGAGAGUCGGCCGUCUGCGUACGAUUUUGACAAUAGUCCCGUGUUGCAGGAUUGGGUGACUGCCACCGACAUCAUGGUGGUGUUUAAUCGACUUAAUACAUACGGCGACGAAGAAGAUGAAAUCGCCAGGGACAGUUACUAUUACUCAGUUUCUGAAUUCUCCGUUGGCGGUCGUUGCAAAUGCAAUGGCCACGCUUCCCGCUGUAUAAAAGAUCGCAACGGCGAAAUGGCUUGCGAAUGUAAGCAUAAUACAGCGGGACCGGAGUGUGACCAAUGUAAGCCGUUCCACUAUGACCGACCCUGGGCAAGAGCCACGGACGAAGACGCGAAUGAAUGUGUCCCCUGUAUUUGCAACUUGCAUGCCAGAAAAUGCCGUUUCAACAUGGAGCUAUAUAACUUAUCAGGACGCAAAAGUGGAGGCGUGUGCUUGAACUGUCGCCACAAUACUGCUGGUAGAUACUGUCAUUACUGUGAGGAGGGAUAUUAUAGAGAUCAAUCGAAACCAAUCACUCAUAGGAAAGCAUGUAAAGCAUGUGAAUGUCAUCCCGUGGGAGCUGCCGGAGAAAUAUGCAACCAGACAACAGGCCAGUGUCCCUGUAAGGACGGCGUAACUGCGCUCACGUGCAACAGAUGUUCCCCGGGUUAUACCCAGAGCCGAUCUCCGAUAGCACCUUGCAUACUAGGCUGUCCAAAAUGUAAAGGUAGUAGCCGCAAAGUCAAUAUGAACAAAUACUGCAAGAAAGACUAUGCCGUUCAAGCGAAUAUAUUAUCUCGGGAGCAGACAACUGAUUGGGUCAAGUUCACAAUCAAUGUAAUGACUGUAUAUAAGAAGGGACAGAACAAAAUCCGCAGAGGUGAUCAGAUAUUAUACGUGCAUAACAGAGAUCUAACGUGCAAAUGUCCAAAACUGCGACUUGGUCGAAAAUACCUUAUUAUCGGCAACGACAACAAAAAUCCCAAUCAAAAUGGUCUUUUAGCUGACCACAAGAGCUACGUGAUUCCUUGGAGGGAUGACUGGAACAGACGAAUGAGAAAAUUCCAACGAAAAGCUAGGAAGUCAUGCUAAAAAAAAAAUGAAAAAAAAAAAAGAACUAUUGGCUCUUGGAUUUUGGUUAAAAAUGAAAAGAAAAAAAUAAUUUUAUAAUGUUAUGUAAAUUUUCAAUCUAUAUAAAAGACGGAAAUUUUAGGUGCAACGUAUUUUAAAUCUGUAUCCUGUAAAACAACAGAAUUGUCACACAUUUACACUGUUUGUAGAGUCUACCUUUGACCUUUACCCCAGAAGGGAAAUUCCAUACAGGCUUACCACAUCCCUUUCUGAUUAACAACAUCCUGUAUAGCUAGGAUCAGUAACCAAUUGUAUAAGGUCACACCCACCUACAAACACAUACAUACACAAA